AUGCGAAACACUCUCAGUCUUUCAGUGGAUAUCCAGUUGAGUGAUAGUAAAAUUGUAGAAAACGGGACUGUUUGGCCGUUGCAAAUCACUGGUCGAUUCAAUGCUGUCACUAAUAUUAGCAAAAUAUCUGUGAUUUGUGUAAGAACAGGGUCAGAAAAACCAUCAAUUCAGGUUGUACUAUCUCAAUUGUCAUCGUUCACACUCAGUGAUUAUCCUGAUAGAGAUGUGGUGUAUCUUCAGACAACCGUCCAAAUGAUGAAUGGUACCGGAUUGGAAUGUGAAAGACAAUCGAUAAUUUUCUAUCUCAGUCCACAAAUAAAAUCAAUCAGUGUAGUUAAUCAAACAGGGGACAUAGAUAAUGUAACAUUGAAAACUCCUUUAAACCCAGUAACUAAAUCAGUUCAGUUCAUAGCUGGACGUUUAUAUUUUGGUGCGAAGUAUGCAGUCAUCUUUAGUCUGAAAUUUAAUCCAUCUCUUAGCACAACCAUUGUGAAAUAUCCAGUUCUGGUCGAAAUUGUGUGCAAACCCUAUGAACGUGGUAGUCCCGUAGUGAAUAGCUGCGCAAGACAGAAGUUUUACAGGUUCAAAUCUCAUCUGCGUGUUGAACUUGACUACACUUAUCCGUCCAACUUACCUCAUUACGUUGCAAUGCGGAACUCUCUGGUACAGUUGCCCGACCGUCAAGCAAACACAUUUCUAAAUGUUGGUGAUCUUUUGUUUUAUUGUGCCCGUGCGUUUAGCAUAAAAGGUUCAUUAGAUUUGGUGAGACGUUGUUUCAAGAUUAGUAAAUUGCCUGAAAGAAUUUGGUUUGAUGUCGGACCAUUUGUUGAACAGAUUAUAGCAUACACAAAUCCACUUGGCAUAUUGUUCGGUUUGGGAGCAAAUGGUGGAGGUGUAAUAAUGAGUAAGGAUUUGGGAAGAACAUGGAUAUCAAUCAACCCAUUCAUGUAUCAAAGAACUUUGAACACGUCAACUGAAAUCAUCACAGCAAGUGUCAUACCAUGGAUUUCAUUGACUGGUUCAAUUGACAAUACAUUGUUUGAGUCAUUUUGCAAGAUGCGAGUGGCUGAACAAUGGAAUGUAUGCAUUAACGCAAUUUAUGCAAAUGAACUUCUAAUGGCAAACUGGACUAACACCUGUCCAAACAUCAAACCCUUUUAACCGAUCAAUUACUUUCAGUCGGGAUACAAACUUUGUUCAAAUAUUUGUGCCUUUUUAAUGUGUUCAUUUUAUGUUGUGUGUAAUAAUGGAACAUUUAGUUAAUUUUCUAUUCCACUACUUAUCCUGCAAUUAAC